AUGAAGAAGCAGUAUACUGCUGAAGAGGCUUAUGCCAUGUUGGCAUCUGCCUCUGAUGGUAACGAGACUGACACUGCAUCAGACUUUGACCCAGGUCAGUUUUCUGACACUGACAGCAAUGCCAGCGUCACAGCUCCUCUUGCUGAUGAGCCAGCAGCAAAGAGGAGCCAUACUACUGACCCUUCACCUGCCGCAGAUGCUGGUGAUGGUGAGGUAUGGGUUCCCCCAAACCAAACCUCACCAGUCAUCCCACCUUUUACUGCCACGCCUGGCAUAAAGGUGGAUGUGGCAGGUUUUACCCCAGUCCAAUAUCUGGACCUCUUUCUUGGGGAGUAUAUUCUGACCAUGAUAGCCUCCCAAACUAAUAUUUAUGCAGCGAAUUAUAUUGCUGCCCACCCAACUUGCAGCUUCUCCAAGCAGCAAAACUGGGAUCCAACGGAUGCCAUGGAGCUCCGUCGAUUUUGGGCCCUUACCCUUUGCAUGGGCAUAAUUAAAAAACCCUCUAUACGCUCCUACUGGAGCAAAGACAUUGUUAUGUCUACCCCCAUAUUCCCCCAUACAAUGCCCAGGUUACGUUAUGAAAUGCUGUUAGGUUUUCUGCAUUUCAAUGAUAAUAGCCAGUGCCCCCCAAAAGAAGACCCCCGGUAUGAUAGGCUAUAUAAGAUACGGCCCCUUCUUACCCACUUUCAGGCCAGAUUUGCUGAGUUGUAUACCCCCCAGCAGAAUUUGGCCAUUGAUGAGUCUCUCAUGAAGUUCAAGGGGAGACUCGCGUUCAAACAGUACAUACCAUCAAAACGCUCCAGGUAUGGAGUUAAGUUCUACAAACUCUGUGAGAGUGAAAGUGGGUACGUUCAUGCAUUCCGGAUCUAUGAGGGAAAGGACUGCCACCUUGACCCUCCUGGUUGCCCAGAAUAUCUGGGAACCAGUGCUAAAAUUGUGUGGGACCUUAUGCUCCCCCUGUUGAACAAAGGGUACCAUCUGUACCUUGAUAAUUUUUACACCAGUGUCCCUUUGUUCCGACUGCUUUACUGCUUCGAGACAGUCGCCUGUGGUACUAUAAGGAGUAACCGCAAGGGGUUCCCAGCACAAUUGGCAAAGACCCAGUUAAAAAAGGGGGAAUACUCUGCUCUGCGCCGGCAGGAGCUGCUAGCACUUAAGUUUAGAGACAAGAAGGAUGUGAGGAUGCUCAGCACCAUCCAUAAUGAGAGCACUAUGGGCAUUCCUGUCCAUGGCAGUGGUGGGGUUACUUUGAAGCCAGUGUGCGUCAGGGCUUAUAAUAAGCAUAUGGGAGGCGUGGACCUGGCAGACCAGCUGCUACAGCCAUACCUUAUCAUGAGGAAGUGUAGGGCUUGGUACAAAAAGGUGGCAAUCUACAUGAUGCAGAUUGCCACCCACAAUGCCUUCCUCAUUUUCAAAAAGUCACACCCGGGAGCAAAAACUUUUCUCCAAUUUCAGCUCCGGUUGAUCUCCGAAAUGUUGACUUCUAAUGCACCUGGCCCUUCGGCCGUUUCAGCAAAGCUGUUACGUGAGAUCGGGCUGCAGAAAGCCGGUGAUGCUGGCUUCUGCUGUCAGGGGGUAGCCCAGGCUGAUCUCCCAUGUAGGGAUGUGUGCAAGAAUCCAUAG